UUAAAUGUCUUCGUUGUGGUAGUAAAACUAAAAACAACUCACCACUUUGUGCUCCGUCCAUGAACCGUAUAGAGUGAACAAUUCUAUUUUUGAUUCCCCCCAAAAAUUUAAUUUCUUCGAAUUCUAAUAAAAAACGAAGAUUAAGAAGUAUUGAUUGAAUGGCUUCCGCUCCUUCAAAACUCUAUUCUGAUGAUGUUAGUCUUGUAGUGGUGCUAUUAGACACUAAUCCAUUCUUCUGGGCUACUUCUUCACUUCCAUUUUCUCAAUUCCUUUCUCAUGUGUUUGCGUUUUUGAACUCAAUUCUGCUACUUAAUCAGCUAAACCAAGUAGUAGUGAUAGCUACUGGAUACAAUUCAUGUGAUUAUGUCUAUGAUUCAUCUUUAAUCACCAACCAAAGCUCCGACGACGGCAGAAUGCCUGCUAUAUACGCUAAAUUGUUGCAGAACUUGGAGGAUUUUAUGAUCAGAGAUGACAAAUUAGGGAAGAAAGAGGAGGAAACUAAAGGAAAAAUUGCUUCUUCCUUGCUUUCAGGAUCAUUGUCUAUGGCACUAUGCUAUAUACAGCGGGUUUUUAGGUCAGGACCACUUCAUCCACAGCCUCGAAUUAUGUGUUUGCAGGGAUCUCCAGAUGGACCUGAACAAUAUGUUGCAGUAAUGAAUUCAAUUUUCUCUGCUCAACGAUCUAUGGUACCUAUAGACUCGUGUUAUUUUGGUGCUCAAAAUUCAGCCUUUCUGCAGCAGGCUUCUUACAUUACUGGAGGUGUAUAUGUUAAGCCUCAGCAUUUGGAAGGGCUCUUUCAAUAUUUAGUUACUGUGUUUGCAACUGACUUACAUUCUCGCAGUUUCUUACAACUCCCUAGGCCCGCGGGAGUGGAUUUCCGUGCAUCGUGCUUUUGCCACAAAACUACAAUUGAUAUGGGCUUCAUCUGUUCUGUAUGUUUGUCCAUAUUCUGUAAGCAUCAUAAAAAAUGCUCGACAUGCGGGUCAGUGUUUGGUCAAUCCCAACCAGACGAUACCUCAGCAUUAGAUCAUAAGAGAAAGGCUCCAGAAACAUGAUCUCGCUUUUCUGGAAGUUGCAUAGUGAUGAUUUUGCAGGCAAGAAAUAUGCUGAAAGUGGAACAGUGAACUUCAUGAGUCAUCUGAUAUGAAAUCUGGAUUAAAUUAUUGGUGAAAUUUUGUGGUAUUGAAAUGCCUGGUCCGCUCUGCAAUUCCUCUUGCAUUUCUUCUCCUAUUUAACAACAGAACAGAAGUAAAGAUGGCAGUUGCAGAUAGUUUACUUGCAGCUUAUUACUUGUUAAAUUUUGUUACAUUUUGAUGUCACAUUCUGGCUCAGGCAACUUAAAUUAAACCAUAACAGUUUAGUAUUUA